AUGAUCCAUCAGCAGAAGUAUUUCAAGGAACUUGUCAAAAAAAUUUCCACGAAAAAGGCAAAAGAGAUCAACACUCCAAUAGCCACUGCCACAAAACUUGAUUUGGAUGAAACAGGUCCUAAUGUGGAGCAAAAGUUGUACAGAGAAAUGAUACGAUCAUUACUGUAUCUCACAGCAACCAGGCCAAAUAUUGUGUUCAGUGUGGGGCUAUGUGCAAGGUUUCAAGCAAAUCCUAAAGAGUUUCAUUUAAAAUCUGUGAAAAAAAGUUUUAGAUAUCUCAAAGGAACCAGUAAUCUUGGCCUAUGGUAUCCAAAAGGUAGUAAUUUUAACUUGGUAGGAUACUCAGAUGUUGACUAUGCAGGAUACUUAGUGGACAGAAAAAGCACCAUAAGUAUGGCAUACUUCCUUGGAUCAUGUUUAAUUAUCUGGUCCACUAAGAAACAAAACUCAGUAGCCUUGUCUACUGCUGAGGCUGAAUAUGUUGCUCCAGGAUCUUAUUGUUCUCAGUUGUUAUGGAUUAAACGACAACUCAUAGACUUUGGUGUAGAUAGAUGCUGA